AAGAUUGUUCUUCUUCCUUCUCCUUUUCAGUAACGGUCUUAUUGUAAGAUCUCUCUCAUUUAAUCAUUUUGUUAUUGGAGAUGUGCACAGCCAUGUGUGAAAUAAAUAAACCAAUGAAUGAAUGAAUUUUUAAAGUUGUGAAAUGAGCUUUGUGUCCCUGAGCUAUGACUAUCAGGAAGUAACAGAUGUAAAACUUUUGAUAAGGAAGUCUUCAGAGGGCAGAACCUGACUCCUGCUCUGAUAAAGAGACGAGGCUCACCAGAUGAUGCUUCACAUCACAUACAGAAGAACAUGGUUCAAACAGUGCUGACGGUGUUCCUGCUGGUCUGCAGCUCGGGACUCCGGGCUGAACAACCAGCAGUGAAGUCUGAAGUCAGAUUGAAGGGAGGAACCAGUCGCUGUGAUGGAACCCUGGAGAGGAAAGAUCAGGGAGACUGGAAGAAUGUGGAGGACCAGAGAAUGGACUGGACCAUGACAUCAGCAGGUGAAGCGUGCAAACAGCUGGACUGUGGAUCUGUGGUGUCAAUAUGGAGAGAAUAUGAUGAAAUGAGGAUUACCUGUUUAGAUUCAGUCAGACUGGUUAAUGGGACUGGUCUGUGUUCAGGAAGACUGGAGGUGAACUUUAACCAGUCAUGGUCCCCAGUGAGUGAAGAUGGUUUUGACCAGCAGGAUGCAGAGGUGGUAUGUAAGGAGCUGGGCUGUGGUUCUCCUUCAGUCCUCCAGGGGGCGCUUUAUGGAGAAACAGAGGAUCCAACAUGGAGCAGAGAGUUCCAGUAUGAAGGCAACGAGGCUGUUCUGUUGGACUGUGAUGGUUCUGAUAGAAAAUAUUCUGGUAACGCUGUUGGACUCACCUGCUCAUAGCUAGAAGACUGGUUCCGGUUGGUUGGGGGAGAAAAUCGGUGUGCUGGGAGGCUGGAGAUGAAACACAAAGAUGAAUGGGAACCAGUAGAUGGGUAUUUUGGGAUCCCGAGGAUGACAGGCGAAGUGUGUAGACAGUUGGACUGUGGCCCUCCUCAGUGGGUCACUAAAGGAAGAAUGACCUCGGGAACAGAUGUCUGGGGAUUGGAUUCUGACUGCCAUGCAUCUUCUCUGAACGAAUGUGUGAAACUCAUCCCAAUUUCCUUUGAUUCCACAGAAUUGACCUGCUCAGCUGUUGCUGUUUCUAACAUGGUGCAAGCUGAGGGGUUUGUUGAGCCGUCAGUGGAACAGGUUCAGAGCUCCGUCACACUGGUUAAAGGCAAUAAUGUGUGUUCAGGCACGCUGGAGGUGAAGCUCAACCAGUCCUGGGGCCCCAGGUCCUCAGUGUGUGAAGAUGGUUUUCACCAACAGGAUGCAGAAGUGGUCUGUAGGCAGCUGGCCUGUGGGACUCCUUCAGUCCUACGGGGGGCACUCUAUGGAGAAACAGAGGCUCUGGUACUGAGCAAAGAGUUCCAGUGUGAAGGCAAGGAGUCUGCUCUGCUGGACUGUAGAAUCUCAGGAUCAGAAAGAAACACCUGCUCACCUGGUAAAGCCGUCUGACUCACCUGCUCAGGUUAUGUCAGGUUAAUGGGAGAGGCCAGCUGCUGUGCUGGGAGGAUGGAGGUGUUACACCAGGAUGAGAGGAGACCAGUAUAUGAUUUGUCUGGUGACUGGAACAACGAGUCAGCUGCUGCAGUGUGUUCUCACCUGGGUUGUGGUUCUGUUGUUCUAACGAGAACGUUAAGAGACUCUCCACACCAGCUUGUGUGGAGGAUCACUCCAUCUUGUCUGCCGUCAUAUUCUUUGCUACGAGUGUGUUUACAUGGUGCUUCAGACUGCUACUUGUCUCAAACCUUGGAGCACCUUGGUUCCACCACCGUAUUGGACUACCUCUUACCUGUUUCUGUUUCCGAGCUCGUUCCAGUCUUUCCAGGGAGAAAGUAG